AUGGAGCGAUUGGACGAUUUUGAGCUGCCGGACUUCUUCAAGGAUCCGUCGUACUUCACUUUGCAGCCUGUGGGAGAUGCCCGCCAAGCGCAAAUUCGUGCAUGGAAACAGCUGAUCCUUGAGUACUGCAGGAGUAGAAGGAUAUACAGAGUCCCGGUGGAAGCAGAAUUCCCAUUGUUCUCAAACCCAGCAAUUGAAAGAUCGCUGAGCCCUGAAGCAACGGAAGUUUUUCUUUCAGCCCUUGUUAUGGAAGGGCGUGCAGAGUGGACGGAUGUAAAUCACACCGAAUGCCUUGUUCUCUGGAGAAGUAUACAUGGUUGGGCCAACUACAUAUUGAACUUUCUAAAUGAGCGUGGAUUAGAAAGCUGGGUUUGCACUGUUGAAGAGGUGCGCUCUGGUGACGAAACACGAGAAUCUGGUGAGCACACGUCACCUAUAUUUCUGAAUUACGAUCUUUGUUCAUGUAUGUUAUGUCUAUUAUAUGGAUUUUAUGCAUUGCAGUUCCUAGAUCUGUUCACAUUUUUUGCACUCUUAAUCUGA